AUGCUCGCCAAGUACCACGCAAACGGGGACAUGGAUGACGAGCUGGUUCUCUGGGAAUUGAAGGAGAUCAACAGGGCACUCGAAAUCGAAAAAAUGGCGAAAAAUGUCGGAUAUUCUGAAUUUUUCAAGACCAAGGGCAACCGCAAGCGCCUCUUCAUCAUCCUCUUCGUCGGCUUCUCGGCGCAGUGGGUCGGCAACGGCAUCAUCUCGUUCUACGUCGUGUCCAUCCUCGAGUCCGCUGGCAUCACCAACCCGACCGACCAGACGGCGUACAACGGCGGCCUCCAGAUCUGGAACUGGUUCUCGGCCAUUGGUGGCGGCCUCGUGUGCGAGCGCUUCGGCCGCCGCAAGAUGUGGCUCACCUCCUCGAUCGGCCAGUUCUUCUCGUACGCCGUUAUCACGCUCUGCUCCGCGCUGUACGCGAACGGCCAUGCAAAGGCCGGCUACCCCGUGCUCGCGAGUCUCUUCGUGUACUUCUUCUUCUACUCGAUUGCCUUCACGCCUCUGCUGCUCGCGUACCCCAUCGAGAUCCUCCCGUACACGCUCCGCUCGAAGGGCGUCUCGAUCCUCCUCUUCUGCACCCUCACCGCCACGAUGCUGAACACGUUCGUCAACCCGCUCGCCCUCGAGGCGCUCGAGUGGAAGUACUACUUCGUGUUCCUCGGCAUGAUCGUCAUCGUCACCAUCGUCAUCUACUUCUAUUACCCCGAGACCCAGGGCCACUCGCUCGAGGAAAUCGCGGUCAUCUUUGACGGUCCCGCGGCCAAGACCACUGCCGAUGACGACGACGACUUUGUCGCCCCCGAGGAGCGCCGGGGCACCCUCGACCCUCUUGGGCCACGCCUCGGUGCUGCCAGGGGACUGAGCCAGGGCGACCUCCUCGUUCCUGCGGCGGACGAGGCCCUCGAGCUCCACUCCUUCGGCGAGGGUAUAUUUGGGGAACUCCUCGCCGAUAACAACAUUGGCGUCCUCGCCAGCGUUAAGCCUGCCGGCAAAGUCGGACAGAAUGCCGCAGCCGAGGUUGUAGCAGAACGAUGUGAGGGCCGCCCACUGGUUCUUGUUCAGCUUGGCGCCGUCUGUGAGGUACUGGGGCAUGCAGGACACGUAGUUGGGGAGGUCUCUCUUGAACAGCUCGGUCGCGGUCUCCUCGGUCAGGGGGUAGCUGAAGCCGGUGUCGCUGCAGGUCGAGUCGUCGCCGCCGGAGCACAGGUGGCCAUACCCGACCGUCCACUUGCCACCCGCAUCCUGAUACGGGUUGGCCACGCAGCCCUCGAAGCUCUUGAUGAGCUCGACGCCGGCGUCGUUGAUAUUCGGGCACCCGCCCGGGGUGCCGCUGCCGCCGUUGCACUCGGGCGCGACAAACUCGGCCGUGCCGGUCGAAACGUACCAGUCGGACACGAAGCAGCCGUCCGAGGUCUUGUCCCACACGUCGUGGCCGUUCACGGCCUCGCCGUGCGUCGCGCACGUGAUGGUGACCUGCGUGCCGGCGGCGUACGAGGUGACGAUGCUGCCGCCGGUGUUGGGCUCCGAGCGACAGUUGAGUCCCUCCUUGACGGGGUAGGGGCCCGCGGCGGAGACGGUGGCGGCAAGGGAAGCGAUGAUCAGGUAGAGCACUGA